GAUUUGUAAUAUAAGGACAUUUUGAUUGAUUUUAAAGAAUCUUCACUAUGUUAUCUUAUAUAUUUAAGUUAACAAAGUCUGUGUCUCAGUCAGCUCCCUCACAUUGGGACACUGUUCACUUAUUUUUAUGCUUAAGUGUAAAACUUAAUUUUUCAACACCUGUUAAAAUAUAUUAUGAAAAACGGUUUUAUUAUUCUCUACAUAUCCGUGAAUAAAUUUGGAUGAAUAUAACAUAUUAAUAUUAAAGGGGACUUUUCCAUGUUUAAGUGCUAUAACUGGGUCCGCGGUGCUUCUAUAAACCUACAAAAAGUAAAAAAAAACAAUCCAGUAUCUUUGCUUUGGUAAACCAUUCUCUGCAAGCAUGUGAAAAAAUAUGUCAUUAAAAUUCAGUGCAGAUUAAGGUGUGGUAUUAUUAUGCUAAGUUCCCCUUCUGACAUCACAAGGGGAUCUUAUUAUAACAGUACCACCCCUUAUUAUGCAAUAUCCAACAACGACACUGCUAUUUAGUGCAGAGAGAAAGAGAGAGAACAUUGACAGCACAACUGAGUUUCAAUUUUAACAAACCACAAUCAUGACAAUCAGUGUUUACAUUUCUUUUGCAUUUAAAAGGACACUUCCAAAAAGGCACAUUUUUUGCCCACACCUGCAAAUUAAGUGUUGAUUUUAAGUUGUUAUAAUCAAUUCUCUAAGGUUCUAUCAAAAGAGUCCCGUGUAUUCAUUUGUUCCCCGCUCCUCCAGCAGAAGCGCUGUUUCUCUACCGUAUGGUGACGACACUUCCGCUUUGUCAGACAGACAUGGCAGCCUGCAUGGCGAAAGCUGGAGCGAUUCGUGUCCUGUCAAAUAUCAUUCGCGGACGAUUUUUAUCGGUCGCUUCUGUUCAGCAUCACAUAACCUGUCCACGAUGGUCUGUGAGUGUGUGUCCUUCAUCUUUCAUACACACAGGUCCUGUCUCAACAUCAUCUCAUUCUCCUGCUGUCACUAUCACAGACGAGUCAGACACACUCUAUGAGAAACUGUCAGUGUUGGUCAAAGGUCAUGAUAAGUCAGUGUUGGACAGCUAUGAGUUUUUUGCCACUUUGGCAGCAAAGGAGCUCGGUCUCACACUGGAUAAAGUAUUUGAACCGCCUAAGCAUAUAGAUAAAUUAACACUGCUGAAGUCUGUUCACAUCUUUAAGAAACACAGAGUGCAGUAUGAGAUGAGGACACAUUACAGGUGUGUUGAGAUUUCUAGAAUAACUGGGUCAACUGCGCAGGUUUAUUUGGAGUACAUUCAGCGUAAUUUACCCGAGGGAGUUGCCAUGGAGGUGACUAAGACCGCUGUUGAGAAGAUUCCAAAACACAUCCAGAAACCGCUGUGGGAUGAUAACAAACUGGAGCAGUCAAGUCCAUGAGGGUCAUGAGGAGACUUCUGCCCUGAUACAGCAUAUAUGAGCUUCUGUCCACGUACAAGCU